AUAUGAUAGAAAGGGCCAGGUUUGAGGACCCCUCCGACCACUCUUGUCUUAUUUCCCACUGCCCCAUGUUCCUUUGAACAUGGAGGAAAUUAUGGCAGUUUUCCCUACCCUGGUCUUAUAAGAGCUCUCUCCCCCGCCCCCCACCGGCCCCCCUCUUUCCCCUCUCUUUCCUCUCUCCGUCUCUCUCAUCUCCUGAAUUCCUAAUAACCAAUAGAAAACGAAAAUCCCAACCAUAAAAGCUCUUGUAAAUCAAACACUUCACAGUUUCUUAAGCAACCAAGUGAGCAACACCAGCAACACAUCUCAAGAGAGAACAAAUGAAAAGAAAUCCCACUUUCUACCCCAUCAUUGCAAUCCAAUCCAACAAAUAAAAACAUCUCACUUUUCUCUUGAAUCCCUUCACAAUUCAUCAGAGCUUUGCUACUCAGCUAAGCAGAAAACAAAGGAAAAAAGAAAAAGAAUGGAGAUUGAGAUGGUGAGGUGUGAGUGUUGUGGACUAAAAGAGGAUUGCACGCAAGACUACAUCACACAAGUGAAGGCAAAGUUUGAUGGGAAAUGGCUGUGUGGGUUGUGCUCAGAAGCAGUGAGAGAUGAGGUUGGCAAGGGCAGCAAGCAGCCAUUUGGCAUGGAGGAAGCUGUGAGGGCACACAUGUCAUUUUGUGGUAAAUUUAAAUCCAACCCUGCAGUGAGAGUGGCAGAUGGGAUGAGGCAGAUGCUUAGGAGAAGGUCAGACAUGUCAUCUUCUUCUUCAUCGCCAAAAAAGUACACAAGAUCAGCAAGCACAUCCCAAGUGGGCGAUUCAUCAUCUUUCUCAUGAGCUAAUUGCAACCAUACUUCUUGCUGGGUUGGAAUAAUUAAUAUAAUAUGAAGGUAGUGGAAUUUUGAUAUAUUAUGUUCCAUUUGAUAUGGGAUAUGUUUUACUCUUCUUUCCUUGGUUGGAAAGACAAAUUGUCAGUAAAAAUCUUUACGUUUUAACUUUAAUUUUUUUAAAAUUCACGAGGAACGUAAUUAAAACUAUCUUCAUUCUUUUUUCUUUUAAUAAAAUAAUUUCUGAAAAGCUGUAAAUGUUGAUUAGGCUCGUUAGCUGAGAUACUGUGUGCACCUCCUUCCACUCGAGUUCAAAUCACCCUCUCUAUAAACAUAAUAGUUUAAGAUAUCACUUGUACAAAAUGCUUUACAAGAUUGAAUCCAUCCUCAUUUUGCUUUUGUUACAGAACAAGUCUAGUGAUAUUAUUUUGACGAGAAAAAAGUUGCUUCAAUAAAUCCUGCAGUAAAUUUUCAUUCACUAUUUUUUAGAAAGCUUGUUUUACUUGGCCAGUCAAAUUGCUAAUAUGCUUCAAGUGUAUAGCACCCGAAAAGAAUAAAGAGAGAAAGGGCAUGAAGUAUUUGGAAGAAUGCAGAAUGAUUGGGAUUAUUUUUUUUCCUGGGUUGGCAUUGAUUUAUUAAAUCAAACACUAAGGAACAUCAUAUCUGGUAUUCCCAUUGUAUAUAACUUAAUUGCAAUAAAUAUGUGUCAACUUCCAACUCCA